AUGUCGAGUACUCAUCAAUCUACAUCUACUUCUAUCGACAAUUCGGUAAACAAAUCAUCUCAACCAGAUGAUGACUCCAUCACUGUGAGAAGAAACUCAACAGUACCCACUGCUGCUAACACCAAAAAACCUGGAAGUUCAAUGAGUAGUAAAGGAUCAAAGCGAAAAGCCGAUGAAGAGAUCCCUAAUACCACUUCUUCUGAGAUCAUGGCACCCAGAAGGUCCCGACGAGGCGACACGGCAGCGGAGUUAUUCCAAUUGGAAUUCGAUGACGAGGAUAAUGAUGAUAAACCUAUGAUGGCAGCUCAAUCCAGAUUGGAAUCAAGGUCUCAAGAUGAAGCGGGUAUGACACAAAACGAAGUUGAUGUAUCGAAGGAGAGUGUCACGAGUCAUACUGAAAGGGGAAGCGGAAGUAUCAAGAAGAAGAGAGGUAGACCACCCCUGAGUGAGAAGGCGAAGAAAGAAAGGGAACGUGAUAGGCGAACGCGAGAUUUGUUCAUCAGGAAAUGA